AUGGCACCCGCAUCCCCUGACGAUGAAGAUGCCGAGUUUCUCACAAGCGAAGAGAAAGACUUUGUGCGAACCUUGAGGCAGCGCUUUCACGAGGAGUUCGAUUCCCGUGAGGCUAACGGCCGCGCAUACCGCUGCUUCUUUGGAGCAAUCGCUCUGGCUCGCAUCCUCCACGCUGUGGAUGGGAACGUCGAGAAAGCAUGCGAGUGGUUCCAGGCCUUUCUCCGUGUUAUCUCAGAGGCAGGAGUGGAGGAUCUGAUACAAGAUAUGAUUCGCCGCUUUGAAGCCAGUGGAUCUCACAAGAUCGAGGCCAGCAUGCUGCCACACCAUGAUACCGUCAAGGACUUUUACCAUGCAGAGCUACAUGCUCCGCAGCUGGCGUCAUCAGGGGAUGUUAUCAUGUACCUCCCGCUGAUAGACCAGGACAAGAACGGGAUCAUGGAGCAUAUGGACUGGGACCAAUGGGUCACCUACAGCAAAGCUGCGACCAUUCUGCAGUGCGUGGAAUUGGACUCCCUCAGCAGGUCCAGUGGCCGCAUUGCGCGAAUCGUGCUGUUGGUUGAUGUCGAGGGGUGCUCCUUCGAGACCGUUAUCAACCGGACCUUCCUGCGCGCUCACCGACGAGACGUAGUGGACUGCUUCCAGCAGAAGGUAGCCGCUGAAAUAGUUUCCAAAGUCUACGUGGUCAAUGUGCCAUGGACGAUAGCAAACCUCUUCACCCUGUGUAAGACGUUUGUGCCUGCGAAAUUUCUGCAAAAGGUCCAGGUCUUAAGUGGUGACUCACUUCGAGAUUCAUCCUUCGUCACGGAGUGUGGAGGAUCAGAGCAGAUUGCAGCUUUAUAUGCUACUCGGAUGGGUCUGGCAGCGAACAGCAGCCACAAGGCCCACAAAGAGCUGCAUCAUCUGGAUCUCUGGCCAGAGAAGGACGAGCUGGAGCUUGUUGCAAAGCUGCGAGAGAAAUUUGCAGAUGACCUUGAGAAGCGCACCAAGUCUGGACGAGAUUGGCCAUGUUUCUUUAGCGACUUGGCAUUGGCCCGUGUCCUGCGCGGAAAUGAAGGCUACUUCUCCGAGUCUGUGAACUGGUUCCAAAAUUUCCUUACUAAAAUGGACGAGUUCCAGGUGGAUGACGUGGUGUCCAGCAUGACUGCCAAACUGAACGAGUCUGCCGUGGAUCGUGGGUGCAUGUCGAUGCUUCCCCACGCCUCCGCAAUAGAGAAGCACUUUCGCUGCGUGUUCUCAGCCCCAAGGCUCACUCCUGCAGGGGAUGUGAUUUGGUAUCUGCCAUUGGGCGACUUCAACCGAAAGUCACUGGUCGAGGAGGUGGACUGGGCACAUUGGGUAGAGCACCUGCGUGCCAUGAUCAUUUUGCGAGCUCUGGAGGCUUACAAGUUAAGCGCGGCCCAGGGAAGGAUGGCUAAGUGCAUCACGAUCAUUGACCUUCAUGGCAGUGGUACUACCACAACAGGCUUCCCAAGGGUUGAAGAGUUCGACGAUAGGAACCAGGCGAAUUUGAAGUUCAUGCGCCAAAUCGCGAUAGAAGUCUUUGGACCGGCCUACGUGCUCAAUGCACCAUGGGUGGCUGUGAAGGCCUUCAAUUGGUUCAAGGCCCUGGUGCCAGAGCGCUUUUCUCAGAAGCUGGUGCUUCUGGACGGCGACGGCACCUCCAAUCCAGAUUUCUUGGAAUUGGUUUCCGAGUCUCAGUUAAAACACCUGCUCGCCACUCGUGUGGGCCUCGUUUCUGGGGAGACCGAUGCAAACAGCGGAGAGACCCUGGUGGCAGCGGGCGACUGCUUCCAGAGAUGCCGGGAGCUGCGGGGUGGCGAGACGAUCGCAUGGUCCUUCUCGGUGGUCGCAGGAGAUGGCGAUGGCUGGUUUGGUGCUUCGGACAUCGAGUUUUCGGCCGUUUUGUGGCUUCACCCGGAGUUUGCUCAAGACGGGCAGCCGGAUGAACCACAGGAAGAGGAUGUGGUCGAGGCCCUCAUGGUGCAAGCUUCUGAGGGUGAGAUCUCUGGCAAGUAUACCGCUCUGCGGGACAGCGUCAUCACCCUUCGCUGGAGCAACGAGCAUAGUCGAAUGCGCUCCAAAGGGCUCCGAUAUCGAAUUGACCUGUGA